AUGGCCUCCCAAUACUCCGAGACCGCGCCUCAUCAGGCACGAGCAACGCAAUCCCAACCUCCAUCACAAUCCCCAUCCCAUUUCGAGAUCCAAGACGAUCAAGCCGACGGCGAGACAUUGGCGGCUCGAUAUCAAAUGCUGGAAGAACUAGGUAGUGGCUCGUUCGGGGUGGUCUACAAAGCGAUUGAAAAGGCCACGGGCGAAAUCGUUGCAAUCAAACAUGUCGACUUGGAAUCUUCCGAAGAAGACCUCUCCGAUAUCCUCUCCGAGCUAUCCGUCCUCUCAUCCUGCGCGAGCCCCUACGUGACGAAAUACCGCCUCGCCUUCCUCCGACGCCAGACACUCUGGAUCGUGAUGGAAUAUCUAGGAGGCGGAUCCUGUGCUGACCUGCUCAAACCACCUCCGCACUGUCUCUCCGAAAGCCACAUCGCCAUCAUCUGCCGCGAACUUUUACUGGGUCUGGCAUACUUGCACCGAGAAGGCAAACUACAUCGAGAUAUCAAAGCCGCCAACAUCUUGCUGGGCAUGGACGGACGAGUCAAACUGGCCGACUUUGGCGUCGCGGCACAACUGGUCGGGCUAAAGAGUGUGAGAAAUACAUUUGUGGGUACUCCCUUCUGGAUGGCGCCGGAAGUCAUCCAACAAGAAGGCCACGAUGCCAAAGCCGACAUCUGGAGUCUGGGUAUUACAGCUAUGGAGCUGGCAAACGGAGAGCCACCACACGCCAAUGUCCAUCCGAUGAAGGUUCUAUUUCUGAUCCCCAAACAACCCGCUCCGAGAUUGGAAGGGAACAAAUGGUCGAGAGACUUCCGGGAUUUCGUGGCAUCAUGUCUCACCAAAGAUGUUGACAAGAGAAGUAGUGCUAAAGAUCUUCUCAAACAUCGGUUCAUUCGGUCUGCGGGCAAGAUCGAGGGUCUGCAGGAAUUGAUUGUCAGGAAACAAGACUGGGAAGCUAGUAAAGGAGGCGACCGACAUUUGAAAUACUAUGCCGAGACCCUGAGGAGUUUGUCGAGCAUGCAGAAUGACGAUGACUGGGUCUUUGAGACAAUCAAGGCCGUUCCGACUGUGGAUUUGAGGGCCGGCCAGGUGCAGACUCAGAAACGAAGAAAGGUCGAUCGAAGCUGGUCAGUCGAUGUGCGCGGCGAUCUUGACAAUACUGGAGACGACCGCGACGCGCGGACGAUGGACCGGACACAGUCAUCACGACAAGACCAGGACCGAAGCCCGUCGAGGUCGACGAUGCGCAAGAUCUCCAAUUCGCGGCUGUCGCAAUUGCCAGACGACAGAAGAGGUUCGGGUUCGGGGUCGGGUUCAGGAGACUCGCCGACCACGGCAAGAAGGACAGCUCGGAAGAGGCUAUCCAGUGCUCAGGCGAGACAGCCUCUGGGAGUCAAUAUGUCGUUUGGCAACAGUCCCAGCACGGUGCGGCAGUUUAGGAGAGUUUCGCCGCACUCAAACGUGGUUGGAACGCCGAAACUCGGCAACGAGAAUGAAGACGAUAGCAGCGUUAAGGAUACUGACACUACUGACACCACUGGAAGUGUCAUUAGGACGCCGUCCAAAGCCGCCAAAGGGGGAUCCCAGCUGUUCGCGCAGCAGGAUCAUUUGCUCGACAGUUCAACGUCCGACACCACGGAGUCGAGACUCUCUGACAGUGACGCAAGGGAUUCAAUGAGGUCUUCUUCGUCAGCAACAACAGCAAUUGCCAUUGAGAGUACUGGGUCAACAGAAGCUGACUCGAAAGAAGCAACGCUCGGCAGACGACUGUACUCCACUGCCAUCGGCAUCUCAUGUCAAGACGUGCUCGACGAGACAGCGGACGAAACCAAGCGCGAGGCCGUGGCCCGGUUGGCUGAAGCCUUUUCGGACCUUGAGAAUGUCGACCCCGACGGCAUGUAUCAUGUCAUGGCGGCCAUCGUGACGAAAAUGAAGCAGGAUCCGGUCUUGCUCCAGGCGAUGUUGCUUCCGCUGUCAGAAGACGGUAGUCGAACACAGACCGGUCCUCAAGUGGGUUCAGGAUCUACCUCGUUGUCGAGUAUGCAAGUAUCGGAGGGAACGAGGAAAGACGGCAGACACGAACAGCCAUCACUGCAAUUGGAUCCAACGUCGCAGUCAAUAUCCCAGUCACUGUCACAGCCACAGCCUGCUGCCUCAGCUUCCGCAUCUACGUCAUCUACAGCAAUUUCAGGAACCACUUCGACGUCGACUUCGACUUCCAUCUCGCCACCGAUUUCACAACCCUCCUCAACCAACGCAAGCAGACAAGUCACACCCAACCCGCCAGCUUCCGGCCACGUGAAUGGUGCAAAACUCGUUCUAGCGCAAAACAACCCCCAUCUCAAAAGCCAUCGGCGCAGACAAAGCGCCCAGACCGGAGGAUCUGGCGGUGGGAUCGUCAAAUCGCGAGAAGCUAGCCGCGCGCUGAACGGUCCUGGAGUGGCAGGGGCAGCGGGUGGUAGCCCUCUAAAGAAGGGGAUUCGAAUCAGUUCCGCCAACGUCGGAAGUCCGAGGUCAAAAGGGGAUAAGAACCUCAAACCGGUUGCAGGUCACCAUGGUGGACUAUUCGAUGAGAGGGACACUUCAACCACUUCAGCCAAUGGCAGUAUUGGCGAGAAGGAAAAGGAAACCGACAACGACGCUGACAUGAUGACCAUGAUGGACGGGCUGGUCGGCGGCCUGGACCAUACUAGACAAUUGGCUGAUGUCUUGUUUGAGCGGUGGUGUGAAGGAUUGAGGCUCCGGUGGCCUGCUGUAUAA